AGCGGGCGUACUUGGGGCGCUAUGAUACUCUAGUGGGGAUUAUAUUCUGUGGCGCUAUACGUGGGGAGGUAGGAUGUGAUGUAACAAUGUCGGUACGAGAGUAUUACGGGGCCUGUCAAUAUUGUGUUUUUGUUGUCUACCUGUGAGGAACAGCUUGUGAGGGAUACGUGAAAAAAAUCCGGGAUAACAACACUACCGUUAUGGACUUACGUUUAACGUUUGUCUUUAUCAUCUCCUGGAAGUUCACACGGGAUGUCAAUGCAUUCAAAGCACCAUCUAGUUUACAGGCAAACGUAAUCUCGUCGCACGAGAUCUUCGUCACGUGGGAUGAACACAAGCGCCAACGUGAUAAAAACGAUACAUUCUACACUCUACGACACCGGCCCAGGAAUGGCGGACAGACACCGUAUGAAUACGCACGCGUGGUCAAGCCGGAAUAUCUAUUUACCAGCGCCGAGCCAAACACUACAUACGCCUUCGCCGUGAAGUUUACUAAAGGCAAGAAGCGGAGUCGAUGGUCAUUUACUGUCAAAAACACUACCUCACUUUACGAUGACUCUUUGGUCCCGAGCAGUCAGGGUGAUGAUGCUGUGUUCCCGGGGCCCUGGGGAGAGUGGAGCACGUGGUCGGAGUGCUCCGUCUCAUGUGGGUCUGGGACAACGGUGCGGACGCGGUCCCGACUUUACGAAAAUGGCACGACUUUCAACACCACUUCCUCAUCAGACGUAUGUCUCGCCGACUCGUGUCCAUUAAUACCAGACGAGAGCAAUAUACCCAAACCAAGGACGUUACAAGUAAAAUCGCUGACGUCAUCAAUAGUCAAGGUAAAAUGGCGUCGUCCUAAAAUUAAGAAAUCGGACAUUAGUGUUUACCGCGUUUUAUGGACGAACGUACGCCAAGGUCAAGAACGGACAGUAAACAUCAGUAAGCGGUUUUACAUCAUAGACGCUCUCCGUCCGAACUCUACGUACACCGUCCGUGUACAGACGAUCGGCACGAACGGACGGACGUCCGAAUUUUCCAAAGUGAAUUUCACGACUGAGUCCGAACUUGUGAACCAUUCUCCCAGCAACAUCACGGCCAAGGCUAUCGGAACCACGAAGAUUCUUGUUAAAUGGCUGCCGCCGGUAGAUGGCCGAGAUCACGUGACUGGGUACAAGCUUCAAUAUCGACGAAAGGGGCUCCGGAGGGGGGAUAUGUGUUCUGUGUUCACGGAGGGAGACCGGCUCAGAUACGUCAUAACGGACCUUUUCAAAGAUGAGACGUAUAAGAUAAGGGUUGGGGCUCGGAUCAAUGAGAAGACUGGCCCGUACACAUCAUGGAUUAUAGUAGACCUCAACAAUUACAAACGCAACCAGAAGGGAACUGCAGACCCAGCGGCAAGUGCAAACACAUCACUCCCGGAACCUGAUGAAGAUGUUGGGUUUGACUUUGAGGACUUCGUACCCCUGGUAGACUUCGCGUCGUUCAUGCCCAGAAUCACGCCGUUGGUCAAUGCGGUCAACCUAUCCUGGCCUGCACCAAACAAUACCAGGGUUACCUACGAGUUCGUGGUCACACUCGAUGACGUGUAUGAGGAAGUUCUGGAGGUGACGGACGAGGCCCAGGAUUAUCACGUGAUCAGGGGUCUGGAGCCAAACACAGAGUAUAACGUCACAUUUCAGAUAACUGUCAUGGCGGCACAGAGAGUCGUGCUGCAGCAACUGAAACAGUUUACCACGCUCGUGCCACUCAAUGUCCGACUGGUGGAUAUAUCCGGGGAAGAUGGUUCAAGCCUCCAACUGGAAUGCGAGGCGACUGGCAUCACAUUACCCACAAUUCAGUGGAAGAAAGGAGGUCGCGUUCUUUACCGGAACUCGAGUGACGUCAGCAAUAGUACUCCAGUUAAAAGUGACCAGUACGUGUUCACGUUCGAAAGAUAUCCACCCAAUCGAAUCGUGUCUGUAAUGACUGUUGUGAAUGUCAGCGCGACCGACCAGGGUCGCUACAGGUGUAUUGCCGCGGACGGUCUGGACAGACAGUCAGAUUCUCAUCAGUUCAUAGACCUUGUUGAUCCAAUCAAAAAAGUGGGCGUGUCCUCCAUCACAGAGUUUGGCGCCAUAGUCAGCAUAACUCCCAUCAGACGUUUCCGCCGCAUGUCUAUGACGUACAUCCUGUAUAAAGACCUUGACCCGCCUCGUUAUCAUAUGGACCAAGGAAGAACACAUUAUGACCUUGACAACUUAGAUCCGGGGACGUCAUACACAGUACAUGUUCAGGCUGAAGAGUUUCCGGGUGCCAGCAAUCAUUCGGAAAUCUUCACCACUUUGGCGGUUUCCCUGCUGGACAAAGAGAAAGUAUCUGUCCAUGCAGUCAAUUCUACGACAUUGGUGAUCACUUGGAAGUGCCCAACGCAGUACCGCAGUCACGUCACCUACCGGAUAGUAUAUACAGUCAAGGGCAACAACUCUUCCAAUGGUCACGUGAUGGACGUAACAGAUCACGAAGAAACUGCUACCAUCACAGGUCUCCUUGCCAACCAGCGGUACAAUAUUUGUGUUGAAAUGCGCAGAAAAGAAAGCACGGUCAGUAAAGUGUUUGUAGAGGGCUCGACCUACCCAGAGGCUUAUCUCAACGCUGACAUCCCUCCCACUCCUCCGGCUGACGUGUUCAUCGAUAACCGGGACAAUACGCUGGUCAUAUCAUGGUUAGAGCCACAUUCAGAAUACCACACACUAGUAGAGUGGUACGAAGUAGAGGUGUUCCGAGAGGCGGAGGUCCUGGAGCGGCGACGGGUCACCGCUGACGUCACAUCUAUCACAAUCACUCCAGCACAUAGAUCUACAGAGUAUACGGCCAUCGUUCGGGCCUCCAAUAGAGCAGGGAUAAGUGACGAGGUGUCCCGGGUGUAUAGACAUGUCGUUAUUCUUCCAGAUUCUCAUGAGCUGUCCGAUUAUUCAGUGACGUCAUUAAAAGCGAGUGCUAUCGGUUCGACCCGGAUUCUGGUGGAGUGGUCUCCUCCUAACACCGGAGAACUUACCAGAUAUUUGGUCCGUUACCGUCCAAAUGUCAAGGUCGGCCUAAACUCUUCUGAUAUUAUCGACCAGUGGGUGACACGUGCAGAUCACCGUUACAUCAUAGCCAACCUAACACCUAACGAGGAGUAUGCAAUAUCUGUCAUCCCCUACCUCAAUGACGUCAACGGAAACACAUCUACUGUCUAUGUCAGCACAUUCGGCGACAUACCUGGCGAGCCACCUGUAAAUGUGACGUCGACACUCGUCAACAUGACGUCGAUCGAGGUCAUGUGGCAAGCCCCGCCCGCUGUCACUUGGCAUGGCGCUCUGACAGGUUACAUGGUAUUAUACAGACAGGUCGGACACAAGAUCACUAACAAAAACGUCACAGCCAGCACCCAAAGGUCCUACGUCAUCAACGGUCUACAUCAGGGUACCUUGUAUGAGGUUGCCAUGGCAGCCAUAAAUCUGAACGGAACAGGACGUGCCUCGGAUUGGAUAGAAGUUUUGACGGAAAUAGACCCCGCGACUCUAAUAGUACCGUACCCUCCCGUUAAUGUGUCUGUGGCGUCGCAUAGUAUGGGACUACAUAUCACCUGGUCCCGACCACUUGACGUCAAUGUUCCGGUGACCGGAUAUGUUGUGGGAUAUGGGCGUUUUAUACCGGAAGUGUACCGACAUAGUCUGGACAAUACGCAGACGGAAUAUACCAUCACAGGAUUACGACAAAACACGCAGUACAUCGUCAGCGUACGGGCGUUCAACAAGAUCGGAGAAAGCCGUCCAGUUUUUAAAAUGGGCAGAGCGGGUAGGCAGUCCUCCAUCAUCACGAGAACCACGGUCGGUCCUGCUGAAGUCACAGAAGUUAUUGACGAACCUGGUGCCCCCUCUAAUCUGAAAGUGAGAGAAAUCAAUGAGGAAGUAGUCACCCUUCGAGUCACGUGGGAGCAGCCUAGCGUCCUCAACGGAGAACUUACAGGGUAUUUGAUUUACUACACGACCGACCCGACGUUUGCACCGGAAAACGAAGCUUUUGUGUACGAAGAGAGGGAGGCUACUACCCUGAAAAACCUUGAAUUCAAUACGACUUAUUACUUCCGGGUAGAGAGUCAGUAUAGAGGUGUCAGCGGACUCUCCUCCAGGGUGGUAGCUUAUAAAACAAAACCACCAGACAAUAGCCUACAUAUCCUGCCAGCACCGACCAUUACAAGUUUGUCGUCCGGUGCGGACUAUCUCCAGGUCAAAUGGCUUCCGCCACCCCCACAGUACUCGCAUGUGGUCCGUGGAUACAUCUUGGGAUACGGCUUGGACGAGGCCAAUGAGAAACAAGAUAUUAUACCCGUCAGCAUCAACUCGUAUACACUGAACAAUCUCAGUCCCUCGACUAUGUACCAUAUUUCACUGCGGAUGUUUAAUGAACUUGGAGACAGUGCUCAGACAUUUGUAAACGGGUCGACGCUUGGUUAGAAAAGUAUGAACAGCUCAAAGCUGGGUUAGAACACUGUGAACGGCUCAACGCCAAGUAGGACAACUAUAAACGGGUCAUUGUGUUAAAAAACCAUGAAUGGGAUCAACGCUGUGAUGGAACUCUUUGAACAGCAAAACGCAGGGUUUUAAAAGUAUUGAAUUGAAUAUGCGUUGUUAUUUAGCAGUUUUCAAUAGGCCACGUGAUAUUAUGUGACAAAUAAAAGGACUGCCUGUUGGUAUGUGACAAUUUAAAAUUGUGGUUUUGUGAAAGACUAAAAUGCAGUUUUUCAGCUUUAGUCAUGUAUUCGUCUGGUGAAAGCUGGACAUGUUAUGUUUUUUUAAAACGGGACAAGAAUGAUAACAUUACCUUUCAUAUUCAUAUUCAGCAGCCACUACACACUAUAGUAAGGGUAAUAUUUCUGUUUAUUGAACUUUAUCCAAGUAUAAAUAAAUAAGCUAUACUUUGUAUGUUUUAUCAAACUCGAGACAUGUAUUAAAAUACAUUCAGAUUCAUAUUUAUCCAACCGUAUAUACGUAUUGAUACGUUACUAGUAAUAUGUAUUUUCAUCAAACUUGAUAUAAUUACAGAAAGAUUAGAAAGCAUGAAGUUAUCAAAUUUUAGACACCCAUGGACACGUUAGCAGAAAUAUGUAUCUUUAUGAGGCUUGCAAUAGGAAUAGGUGAGUAUUGACAGUAAUGUUUUCGACAUGUAUUAUUACGUUUCUAUUUUUGUGUUGUACAUAUAGACGUCAAUAUUAUGAUAGUGUGACAAAAACCUUAACAGAAAUGCGGCAUAUGGCUUAUUGAUAAUAUCAACCCGAAUAUCAAAUUUAUCAAGAUAUAACAUUUUCGUCAUAUAUCCACUACUGUCUGGGUAAAAUAGAUACAUCACAGCGUAUAUACAUAAGAAAUAAAUAUAUCACGACGUCAAUUCGUAAAUGCAAAAACAAUCAACAGUGUUAACACAUAGGGAACAAUAUUCCACAGUGUAAAUUCAUAAAGGCUAAGUAUACAAAAGCGUCAUCGCAGAAGGAAGAAUACCACUACUGCGGCGCUAAUUCAUACCACAGCGUAAUCACAUAUUUCAUCUAGCUCAGGUGUAUCUAUGUAAUAAUGUCCACGUACAACAGGAUUAUGUCCAGUGGGAGGAGGUGGAGCAAGGGGAAAAGAGGUAAAUAAUAGAUAAUGGAGCAUAAAAAUAGGAAAUAAUAGAUAAUGGAGCGUAAAAAGAGGUAAAUUAUACCCUUUGGAGCAUAAAAAUAGGUAAAUAAUAGAUAAUGGAGCAUUCAAGGGGUUAAUAAUAGAUAAUGGAGCAUAAAAAGAGGUAAUAAUAGAUAAUGGAGCAUAAAAAUAGGUAAAUAAUAGAUAAUGGAGCAUAAAAAUAGGUAAAUAAUAGAUAAUGGAGCAUAAAAAUAGGUAAAUGAUAGAAAUAGAUAACGGAGCAUAAAAAGAGGUAAAUAAUAGAUAAUGGAGCAUAAAAAUAGGUAAAUAAUAGAUAAUGGAGCAUAAAAAUAGGUAAAUAAUAGAUAAUGGAGCAUAAAAAGAGGUAAACAAUAGAUAAUGGAGCAAAAAAAUACGUAAAUGAUACAUAAUGAAGCAUAAAAAUAGGUAAAUAAUAGAUAAUGGAGCAUAAAAAGAGGUAAACAAUAGAUAAUGGAGCAUAAAAAGAGGUAAAUAAUAGAUAAUGGAGCAUAAAAAUAGGUAAAUCAUAGAUAAUGGAGCAUAGAAAUAAGUAAAUAAUCGAUAAUGGAGCAUAACAUAAAUAGGUAAAUAAUAGAUAAUGGAGCAAAAAAAUAGGUAAAUAAUAGAUAAUGGAGCAUAAAAAUAGGUAAAUCAUAGAUAAUGGAGCAUAGAAAUAAGUAAAUAAUCGAUAAUGGAGCAUAACAUAAAUAGGUAAAUAAUAGAUAAUGGAGCAUAAAAAGAGGUAAAUAAUAGAUAAUGGAGCAUA